AUGUCAGAGGAAGAAGAAAACCUCUAUUGGGUAGAGCAGGAAGAACUGGCCGAGAAUCAGGCUCGGAUCCACAGCAGCCAACGCCGACAGGCUGCUAGAAAUCCUGAUGAGAUCCAUGAUCUCCGCGAGUACAUCGCAAAAACUGCGGUAGAAGUCAAGGCGGUAAAGUCGCAGAUUCACCACGCGACAAGCGCUGCACCCGAGAUCGACAGACUUCUCGAGGAAGCGCGGAAAACUCCGUUCACUGCCCGGAUCAUGGAAACUAACAUCUCAUUUCCUGGGAAGAUCAAAAUUCCCGUCUACGAUGGCACCACCGACCCGAAGGGGCAUCUGCAGUCUUUCCAGAUCGUGAUGGGAAGGUGCAAACUCAAGGAAAGCGAACGAGACGCUGGCUACUGCCACCUCUUCGUCGAAAACCUCAAAGGAGCCGCGCUCAAAUGGUUUUCUCGUCUGAAACGAAACUCCAUCGGAAGUUUCCGUCAGCUCGUCUCGGAGUUCCUCAAACAGUAUUCCAUGUUCAUGGACAGGGAAACCUCAGACGUCGACCUUUGGGGUUUAUCUCAAAGAGAAGACGAAGCACUCUGCGAAUUCAUGAACAGGUUCAAGCUGGUAAUGGCAAGAGUCACUGGAAUCAGCGACAAAGUGGCAGUCGACGCUUUGCGGAAAACUCUCUGGUACAGGUCAAAACUCCGGCAAUGGAUAUCCCUUGAAAAACCUAGAACAAUCCAGGACGCUCUUCACAAGGCAACAGACUUCAUCAUGAUGGAAGAAGAGAUGAAAGUCCUCUCCCAGAAGUACAACCCGCAGAAGGCGUCCGCGAGAAGGAAAAGCCCUCGUAACGACAUGUAUGUCCACCACAAGGGAGAAGAUCUCCAGGGCGAGCAUAAUUACGCUAUCAACUCCGAACAGGGAAAGACUUCCGGAAAUACCUAG